GGGAAUCAAAAUUCUCUCGCUUUCCCUGCUUGCUUUGUCCUUCUGAUCAGACUCGUACAAGGAAGGAAAAGAUGACUACGUCGAAGAACCAGCUCGUAAUCUUGCCCAAGAAGGUCAAAUGGCAGCGUGCCUCCAGGCCCAAAGUUCGCACUGGCUGUUUAACCUGCAAAGUUAGGCAUUUGAAGUGUGAUGAGGAGAAGCCAACAUGUCGACGCUGUCGCGACGGUCGUGUCAAAUGCGACGGGUAUGCAACGCCUAAUAAGAACCAGAUCCAACAACGUGCUUCAAUGCCCGUCGCUGGAUACACAAUCUCAUCUCUCAAUCCCCGUAUAGCUGAUACAUCCAUUGAAAACUGUUAUUUUCACCACUUUCACCACUGGACCUCUACCCAACUCACCUGCUGUCCCGGCUCAUCAAACUUCUAUCUCACAUAUGUUUUACCGCUCGCUCAUUCCUGUGAACCUAUUAAGCAUGCCAUCAUUGCUGUUGGCGCUGCGCAUAGGUUCUACAUGGCGGGCCAAGAGACGUGCUCUCCACUCCAGCAGCUGAAAAGCUUGGCUAUGCAGCAGUACAACAAAUCCAUCUCGCGUAUCAUUCCCCACAUGUCGAUGGACUCUGCCUUCGACCUGCAGUGUACUUUGGUAUGCUGUUUGUUGUUUGUUGCGUUUGAGGGUAUCACUGGUCGGUAUGCGGAGUCGAUUCGACAUAUUCGCGCUGGAACUAAACUGCUCUCGUCGCCUGUUAUGAUUAAUAGUGUGAAGGAGCAGAAGAUGGCGAGGAAGCUUACCGAGAUGUUUGCGAACCUUGGUGUUGAGGCUUCGAUGUUUUUGGAGGAUACCAUCAUUCCGGAUAUUCACUCUGGCUGUCUUGAUGUUUUGCAGUGCGGCGAUGGGUCGGAUCAGCCUUUUCAGGACCUCGAUGAAGCAGCUAGCUUCCUGCGAAGACUCGACGUCGAGACGGUUGACAUUAUUUCGCAAACGCCAUAUACAUACUCGAUGAACGACGACGGCCGAAUUGAGAUGUGUACCCUCGAGGGACCCGAAAAGCAGGAACUUGAAGACAAAUGGGCCGAGAUGGAUACAAAGUUCGAGGUUUGGAAUUCUCGAUUCGAAUUGACCAAGAAACACAUCGCGACAUGGGAAUACCAAGACUGGGCCUCUCCCCAACUCACCUAUCUCAAUCUCCAACAAGCCUUCUGGCGAAUGGGCAUGUCCUGCGGUCCAGAAGAUCUCUCCGAACCAACCCCCGACACCGCCGAAGCAUUCCUCAACGCCGCCGAGAUCUUCGCCCAACGAUUAAUAACACCCGGCCAACCAAGUUUCUCUCUCGACGGCGAUUUGAUCUCUGGUCUAUCAGUAGUUGUAUGGUCUUGCACUGAAGGGCCUCAUCGUGCUAGAGCGCUGGAUUUGCUGCGACGGUUGAAUAGGCGCGAGGGCAUUUGGGAUAGCAAGGAGAUUGUGGAGAUGCAUGAGGCUGCGCUGGCGUUGGAUGAUCCGAAGUUAUGGUAUAAUAUGGAGAUUCCAGGUGGUGUUCCGGGCUAUGUUGCUGAGUUGGCCAAGAUUUCACCGAGGUUUGGAUUACAUCGCUCGGGGCUCUUGAUACCGGAUUUUGAGUGCAUUUAGAUCAGGUUUGGUGGGCAAUUGAUGAGGAUAGUAAUGCUUUUGGUAAUAUCACUUGCGCUUGAUAGCCAUAGCUCGAAUAAAGUAAGCAUAAUCACUACAUCGUUCGGAUGAUUGACGAGUCUUGGCUGUGAGAAAUUAAUUCGUU